AUGAUCGACUACAGCAAUAGUUCUCAACUUUUCUCAACCUUAAAAAGAAAUCAUUACUAUUUUAAUUAUGAAUAUCAAGAUGAUCCUUUGACUAAUUCAAAGAAAGGCGUCAUAAUUCAAGAAAGAUUGGAAAACACUGGACAAUACGAUCAUCCAGUAUCUCGAUUCUCGAGUUAUGGAUCCGGCGAUCGACGAACAUCCCUCGGAGGUGGCUCACGCGGGUCAAGGCGAACCACGUGCACGUGCGUGUACACGCAAUGGCGCGAGAACACAGGUGGAUGGUUAACGAGCCCUGGGAAAUUUUUCACCUUUUCCCUCCUUCUUAUUCUUAUUUUUCUUCUUCCUCUACUUGUUCCUCGUGUAAGAACUAGUUUCAUCGAUGUAGUCUUUUUGGUUCAGUUUGUAAUCGUGCGCUACGCAAAUCGAUCUAUAGAUACGGAACGCGUACAGUCCUUUUCUGAUCGAGAUACGGACAUGGGAACCGGUGCUAUACUCGGUGAACCUGCGAUAGGAAUGCGGGAGAAGCGAGUGGAUGCAAAGUUGUAUCGCGAGGAUGAAGUGCGUAACAAUUUCUUUAAGAUUCGUGGAAACAAACGAAUGUUCCAGAUGUCUACGCCAGUGCAGGACCACAAUGCUCGGUCACAAUUUUCGAGGAAGGAGAGGGGGAGGAUUUCACGCGGGGACGCGUACACUUCCUACACGACGUACACCGCGGCGUAUAGCAGCCGCUUGACAGCUGUCACCUCGGCCGAGGGGGCGACAAGACACGGCGAGGCGAGGCGAGCCCCGGUGAUUCAU